AUGGAGCACGUCCCCUACAUGUCGGGCAAGACUACAUACGACUCGACAGGUCUAAAUAUACCCACCAGCCAAGUGCAUCGACAUGCACUGAGACUUUAUGACAGAGCUAUUGCCAGCGUUCGACAGUUGACUAAGAGUCAUCAGAUGGAUGACUCGUUCGUGGUCUUGAGCUAUAUCCUCUUUGCAUCAGUGGAAUUCCAGCAACGAAACGUUAAGACUGGGAACGAUCUCGUGAAAAGAUGCUGCCAAACUUUGAUCAAAAAUCUUACGUCGCUUGACACCAGACAGAACUGGACCGCCGGCCAAGUCGUUCUGCAAGUGCUUCCGUCAUUCGUGUUGAAGAAGGGCAUUCUCAUCUCAACUUUUGGAAACGCUCUACCACCCAAGUGGGCUGCCAACGAAGAAGUCGAUAAUAUGUUCAAAGCGGUACUAUCCAGAUCCCCUACUCUGAACGAAGCUAGAGUUCAAUUUCGAACUCUGGUGUAUGACUCUUACGAACUGCUCAGAUUAGCGGACUUUUUCCCUCUCUUCAAAGAUGAUCACCCGGAGAGGGUCGCGUUCUCGUCACAACGCCAAUCAUUAUUGACCAAAUUGAUGAAAUGGAAAGUGUCCAUGACUGCCGUGAGGAGUGGGACGUCCGACGUGGAGUCCGACUGGAUACGUUCGUACCUUUUGUUGUAUUGGGCAGUCUGCUACACAUCUCUGGCAGCAUGCAUCAGCACUCAACAGACCAUCUUCGACGACUAUAUGGACCACUUUGCUGAUAUGGUCGAGCACGCCACGGUUUAUGUGAGGCAUAGCGCCCAAUCGACGAAUAUUCAACUACUGUCCGGUUUUGAUCCCGGAGUCGUCCCACUAUUGUACUUCUGUGCGACUAAAUGCCGAGACCCGACACUAAGGCGAGAGGCGCUACGUUUGAUGCGUCUGGCUCUACAGCAAGAAGAACCUUGGGCAUUUGUCGCGCCUGACCGCGUGGCUGCGAAACUCAUCGCGGUCGAGGAGGGCGAAGAUGAUCUCUGUUACUCAAAGCACCCCCCAGGAUCGCAAUAUGCUGGCCUGCCACCAGAAGAGCGCCGGUUCGCUUAUGUCAGUGUGGUGAGCCGCCAGGCGCCCAGCAGCAGACCGCGCCUGGCUCUCGAAAUGAGUAGAUUUGAAUUUGCAACUGAUGGUUCGAGAAGGACAAUCACCGACUAUGCCUGGCUGGACGAGGGGGUCGAGGUGCGGCCUGGAGCCUAUUUUGAGAGCCGGGGCAUGGCCACACGAUAUGGAGAUGUACCUUCCUCGGUACUCGACCCAGUCUUACCAACUAGGGGAGGUACAUAG